UGUCCAUGUCCCUGUGGACGUGAUAUGUCUUUUGUUGCCCAGAUUCUGAAAUGUAUCACGUGCGAGUAAUCUCUCCAGAAAUGAAGGGCUUUAGUCCCACACGCUGCUGACAACUUUGCGUCCUUGUUAUUCGGCGCCCUGGUCAAGAAUUGUCGACGCAAUGAAAGAAGAGAGGAUCCCAUCAUUGGCAUGUCUUAAGUACAACUGCCAUCGUUUGUUUGGAUGCCAUUAUGCGUGCUGAUCGAGCUACAGUGCGUCUCUCUUCAGGGGGAUCAACAUGAGUGAGGAAGAGGAGCAGCAGCAGACGAAGAGCUCGGAGGAGGAGAAGGAGGAUGAAGAGGAGGAGGAAGACGAGGGGCCAAAGAUAUGCCAGGUGUGUGGAGACCAGGCAAACGGCUACCACUUCAACGCCAUGACCUGCGAAGGCUGCAAGGGCUUCUUCAGGCGGGCUGUAAAAAGGCUGGGGACCUUGAGGUGUCCGUUCCAGAAGAACUGUGUCAUCACCAAGAGUAACCGGCGACAGUGCCAGGCCUGCCGCAUGCAGAAGUGUCUCUCCAUCGGCAUGAGGAGGGAGUUGAUCAUGACGGACGAGGCGGUGGAGGAACGGCGCUGGAAGAUCAAGCGGAAGAGGCUGAUGACCGAGCCCGUGCUGCUUUCUCCCCAGCAGGAGGCACUCAUCCAGGAGCUGCUGAAAGCUCACGGCGAGACCUUCGACAGGACCUGCUCCAACUUUAACCAGUUCCGCCCCCUAGAUCGGUGUGCAAGCUCAACAUCAGUGAACAGCGAAGGACUGCAGAGCACAAAGCCUGACGCAGUUCAGUCAGGAGAGAAAGAGUGGAUCCAGAGCAGCGAUGGUUCGGGCUCCUCUUCCUCGUUCCUGUCUCAGAGCUCCGUGGAGAGUAAUGCUGAGCAGGAACUAGGCGAGAGGAGCAAGGGCGUGGUCUUCACCUCGCUGUCCCACAUCAACGACCUUAGCACAUACAUGAUCCAGAACGUCAUCAACUACGCCAAGAUCAUCACCGACUUCAGGGCUCUUGCAAUGGAGGACCAGAUAUCGCUGCUCAAGGGAGCCACGUUUGAAAUGAUGCAGAUCCGCUUCAAUAUGCUCUUCAAUGACAAGACAGGCAUCUGGGAGUGCGGCCCCCUCCACUACUGCAUGGACGACGCCUCCCGGGCGGGUUUUCAGCCCCACCUGCUGGACCCCCUGAUGAAGUUCCACUACACGCUGCGAGGCCUCCAGCUGCACGAUGUGGAGUAUGUGCUCAUGCAGGCCAUCUCCCUCUUCUCCCCAGAUCGCCCAGGUGUCACGAAUCAUGAUGUCAUCAGCCAUCACCAGGAGACGCUGGCCAUCGCCUUGCUGACAUACAUCGAGUCCAAGAGGGAGGAGGGAGAAAAACAUCUGCUGUUCCCAAAAAUCAUUGCGUGCCUGACGGAGAUGAGGACGAUGAAUGAGGAGUACACCAAGCAGGUGAUGCAGAUCCAGGACAUCCAGCCGGAGUUGUCGCCGCUCAUCCUGGAGGUCGUUAGCCAAGACAGCUAACCAUGGCAACAGCUAGCCACUUGAAAAGCUAGCUUCCAUAAACUAGGUCUGUUAAGAAGUUUCGGGGAUACUGGAACACGUAGGUUAGGGAGUCCUCUGCAAACAUUACUUUGCUGACAUGCUGUGGACACAGACACACCCACACACAACGCUGCUAAGAGAUUUAAAGGGAUCAAAUAAAAUGCCACUGGAAGGUGUCAUCCUCAAAGUAACUUUUUGGAUCAAAACAUAUUUUUGGAUGUGGAGGAUUCAGACGCUGGGAACAAGCUAAAACCACUCAAGCCAUCUUAAGCCAUCUUAAGCACUCAUGACUUUCUGUGAUAUAUGGAGGGCUGCCAGAGGACAACCCAGCAAGAAGAGACAAAGAUGGGACUAAGCUGAAAAAAAAAAAAAAAUGUUAAACUUGUGUUGACAAAAAAACUAAAAAUGUUAAACUUCUUGUUUUGUAACUUCACACAGUAUCAGUGCACAAAUACGGGUCUACACGAAAUCCUGUGAAUGUAUGGUUACUGUUAGUCUACAUCGAUCAAAUGGUGUGUAAAAAGAAAAAAAGAACAUGACCAUUUACACCAUGGUUUUGCCUUUCAAAACGUUUGUAAAAUUCCUUCCUGCCAACCUUCAACCAGUUAGUCAUGGAUUUGUCCUGUCAUUGGGUGGGGUUUUGCAGUUGAAUUAACCCUUAAAUAGCUGUAUGAUGUAUCUUGUAUGUGCAUUUAUUGCAGAAAAACUCAGUUGCUUUGAGACAGAAUAUUUGAUUUAGAGUUAUAUUUAAGAGUUUAAGCACUAUUUCAAAGUGUCAUGCCUCUCUCAGGUGGGUAACCUUUGCAGGUGUUUUAUAGUACACUAUAUAAGACUGGAACUUCAGUAAAGCACAAUCACCAAAUUAGAUCAGAGAGAACGUCUAGAUGGAACAUCACAUUGAUGCGGCCCAUAGCCAGAGAGCCAUCAUUGUCGUCAUCAUCGUCAUGCAGGUGUAAUUGUCUAGUUUAUCUCAACUCAGUGGCAGUCUUGAAUUGCUGAACACAACUCAUUGAGCCAAUUAAGUCAAAUUGCUUCUAUCACUUGUGGAUGGUCCAGGGGUUGAUGGACGAUUUUUCAGUGCAAGGUGGUGCCCAGGAGGAGAAUCGAGAACCAGUGAUCGAGUGCCUGCAACCAUUAGGCUUGUGAGUGACCGUGUAUGUUAAUGCUAGUGCUAAUGUGCUGUGAAUGUUGUGAAUGGCAUUGGUUGAAUUGUCAUCACUGGAUUUGUGGGAGUGCUGUGGUUUUUCUUGAUGAUAAUGUUCUUGACUCUAGGAGUAAGUGAGCCUCUCCUCUGCCUACAGUUAGUGUUAGUGUGCCCUCUGCUGGUAGAACUGAUGUAGUUAGUGUGCAUUGGAAAAUAUCACAGGGUGUACUUGAAUGUUUUUCGUCAGUGUGUAUAUGUGUUUACACCACAUUAAGCCUAUAGAGAUACUGCCUAUUUAAUAAAGUGAUAAACAGUCUAGUGUGCAAACUUCAAAAUCAAAACACAAAGACAAAAUCAAAAAGUUUAAAAAAAAUGUCAGUCAGUCACCUAAUUGAUCCCUUCCAAAUAGGGGUUCACCAUUACAAGAACCAACUAUAUCAUGCUGUCAACUGUCCCAACGAAAGAUGGCUUCAAACAAGAUGUUGGGACACUGAAUGUUAAUAAUUCCAAUUCAGAAAUUGCACACAAUGAUGUCCAAUCCCAACUCAAGAGUAUCAGACAGACUCGGAACAACUGUACUGCUACAAACCGCAAGAAAGACGUUUUCGUGAAUGUGAUGUUUUUCACGAAUGCAAAGAUAACUGUGACAAGUCGUUGUUCAAGCAAGGACUUCAGACUUCAUGAAAGGUCUGCUACUGCACCUACCAGGCCCGUCUCAUGAGGAUGCACUCAACAGGAACACGUCCUCUCAUGGCCUUAGCCAUCGCAUGUACAAUCUAUUUUGUGACUACAAUGUGUGUUUCAUGGGGACAGAUUUAUUUUUCAUUGACUGGAGUAAUCUCCAGAUAAGCUGUACAACUGAUUGAGCUAAUGCUUUAUAAGUUGUUUUUGAUACGGCGUCAGGUGUGGAAAUGCACUUGAGGUACUCGAGCUGGACGUUUCAGGUCUGUGUAUCUGUCCUCCCUCAGGUUAGCAUGUGCAAAGCCACAGAAUGUACGCUUACUGCUGUCAAUCUUGUCCUCAGGAAUAAACAGGUGACGUAUGUAUGUAUGUACAUUAAUAAACGGUAAGAAUGUUAAA